AUGUCUUUUGUGGACGAAAAAUUGGGAGUGGCUAUAGGCCUACAAGCAGAAGAACUGGCCAACAAAUGCGACGCUCAGGAAAUACUGCAAAAGAUAAAAAAAAUUGCUAAUGACUGUAAAGCGGAAUCUGGUGGCAGUGAUGCUGAUAUAGAUGCACUGUUGAAACAUCAACCGGCUGGAAGUGACAAAGCUAAGUGCCUGAUGACGUGCUUUAUGAAAAAUUUUGGUUUGAUCGAUGCUGGUGCCAAAAUUGAUAAGGACUCUGCUUUAAAUGUAGUAAGACAGUUGCUGAUGGUGAUGCAAACAUAGAAAAACUCGGUAAAGAGCUUAUUGAUGCUUGCAAAGAUACUCCACCAAAGGGCAAUGAGUGCGAAAGCGGUGAAGCCGUGCGUGAGUGUUUCAUUGCAAAAGCAAAGGCAAAUGGCUUUAAAUUGCGAGAUGCUCCCGCCCUACUGGUCUCUCUAAAGGUGGUGGCGUACUUGUUGCUGUAAGUUCGAGACUACCCAGUACACAAAUCACUUUGUCACCAAG